CGAGGAUGCAAGCCAUUAGAACGACAUCUUUGUGGAUAUAUAAAUGUAUAGAUUUUACUUACAGCAUCAUAAUAAAAUUUUUAGAAAAGAAGAGGCCCUCCGCCCCUGGAAGAAGAAGUCUCCGUCCAAGAGAAAUCGGCAAACUAUCCCUUCUUCACCAAGACAUUCUUUUCGAGAUUCUGGUUCGACUCGAUCAUCAAUCAUUGAGGAAGUUAAACUGCGUCUCCAGAUUCUUCACGGACCCAAGUUUCGAGGUGUCCUACGUGAAUUGGACGACGAGUCCUAUCCACGGCACAACCAUUCUCUUCUCCUUUCAGGCUCCCUUUGUUCCUGACAGGCGGUCUUCAUAUUAUGGUUUGCAGCAAGAAGAGUUUUACACCAUAAACUACAACUCCCAUGAAGAAGAAGGAAAACUCAUUCACGCAAAACGUGUUAGGCAUUUGGAGGAAGAACGCCUCCAGCAUCUCCGCUGCGUGUCUUUGGCCAAAGGAGUUUUAUGUUUCGUUAAUAGCAGUCGCGAAUAUAUUACUUGCGACCGUGUCACGGGGCAACAUAUCAGCUUCCCCGCGACACCUAGGUGGUCCAAGCCUCCGGCCGAUCCUCGCGUGCUCCUUGGCUUUGAUGGUUCUUCCCGAACAUACAAGAUUUUGAAGUCGGAAGCUUGGUAUGAGACUUGCACUGUGAAGCAUUGGGUGAUCACAGUGCGAGUGGGCGAAUACUGGCGGGAGAUUGACGAAAGCUCGUCCCCGCUGUUUCAGCCUUAUAGUCACUUCUCGCGUAGCGUUUGCGUUGACAGCGUUAUCUAUUCCUACAAUCGGACCUGUAAUAUAGAGCGGUGGGAGCGGGUAGAAGGGGGCUUUUACAUAGUGGCUUUCGACCUUGAGUCUGAGAGUUUCCACGGGAUGCCUUUCCCUCCCGUGGAACGCAAACAUUAUGAUGAUUUCGUCAGAAACUCUACCUUGGUGGAAUCGGAUGGCCGGCUUGCUAUCAUACAUGUCUGUAAUGGCAUGGUUAUUACUUGGAGCUUUGAGCCAUCUUCAUCCUGCUGGAACAAGAAGCAUGCUAUCGCCCUGCCACCGGAGGUAGUGGAGGCCAGCAGGUUACCCAGACUACUAGACGGUAAUAAGUUCUUGGGCAGUUUUUCCGUUACUCCAGCGGGGGAAGUGGUGCUGUUAAUGCCGAGGAGGAGGACAUCUUCUCUUUGGAUUUUGUUGGAAAAGGUCGGGGUAAAACCCAUUUGGAAGAAGUUCAGAAUUAGCGGACUGGGCGAUUUUCCGAAUUUUGUUCACCGGUCAUUCAAAGCUGUUGUCGUCGUGCAAAACAUUACGGAGAAUUUCUUUCACAGGGAAUAGCUGCUGAAAAGAGUUUAUAUUUAAGUUUUACGUGAUUGAUCUUACUAGCCGGUGCACAGAUUUGUAGAUUUGAUUACCUACUAGCUAGGUUUACCAUUUUAGUUGUUUACUUUGGCUAUUUGGAGAGCAUCCAUCCCAAUUCAUUUUUACUUUAAUGAAUUGAAGUUAUUUCUCUUGCUUACAAGACUCUAAGUCGUAAGGUUAUGUUUGGCACAACGGGUUGGAGCUGUAUACUAAUGUCUGGAUUAUGGCUAUUUGUCUAAGGCCC